UUUGCAAAGAUUUUAAGAUUAAAAUGAACAUAUUUCCAUGUAUUUUAAUAUCGUGUACCUUUGUAAACGUCUUGGCCGUUAAUGUGGAGAAAUAUAAAAAAAUGGUUUUCUAUACAGACUACUAUAUCCAACAGGCUGUUUAUGCAGAACAACUGGCCGUUUUGUUGGUUGUACCGGAACGUGUAGAUAUUAGACGCCUAAGAGAAGGCUAUGAACUCAAUGAUGUUUUAAAAAAUAAAAUAAAAGACACCGUGCUAAAAAUGAUUGAUGAUUUACUAUACGGAUAUGAAAGAAGAGAUAUGACUCUUAAAACUAUAAAACAAAUAAUUAUCAGCACACCAAGUGGAAACGAACCAGCAAUGACUUUUGAAAACUAUUGUUUCCUUAUGGGUUUAUUCAGUUGUUCGGGAUUUCUAAAAUCAUAUUAUAUAGAAAAGGCAAUGAUCGAAAAUGAUCGUUGUAUCUUAAUUUCAAACCGUGAAAAACAAUUCAUAUACGACUCCAUUCGGGCUAUUGUGAAAAAGGUUACCUGACAUUACCUAACCGUUAUGAGUAAUAAGCAAGACAUCCUUUUCACUUGGAGAGUACCUAAAUAGUAAAAAAACAGAAAUGUCAUUUUUUUUUUAAACUAUGAAAGGCAUGGUUAAAAUUAGUUUAUAAACGUUGAGUCAAGCCAACGCUCAAGAUAAUGUCAUGAACUUUGUUUUCUUAAAAAAACUGAACUAUAUAGUUUAAUAUAAAAUUAGCAUGUACCCUAAUGG